AUGGCACAAGGCGAUGGGGCAGCAUUCUCACAUGACGAGCCCAACACGCAACAUCCUGGGUCUGACUUCAAGUCGACGAUCCACUAUCUGCUUGAAGCGGGGGCGGAUCCGAAAUUUAAGGGAUGCGAUGAGUCUGCCAUUGAAGCGGGCAUUCUCCGUAACAUGUCUACGGGAAUCUUUCUUCAACUUCUCGAAGGAGGUGCAGAUCCCUACGACAAAGGCCACUGCGAUUACCACGCCUUCGGUCUAGCCUUAGUACAAGGUUUCUCAGACAAGCUUCUCCGUCUACUGGAAUUCAUAAAGAGUCAUGCUUGCCAAGGCCACUGGCUGCAGAUACCCACGGAUCUCGACUUUUCACGGCCAGAAGCAGGGAUUCAGCUUGUGCUAGGCUGUCUCCCGCAAGUUGGCCUGAUCAACUUUAAGUACGACAAAGGCGAAACUAUGCUGCAUGGCGCUGUGAGCAAGGCCAACCUAAAUCUGGCGGAAUCACUGCUCGAUCACAGCGACGAUGUCACUUUCGAAGACAUGUACUACGGCACGCCACUGCACAAGGCCGUCGGCCGAAUCCGUGAUCUCCAUCAGGCGGAACUGAGGAGGGAAGUGUGGGAAGAUUUCCAGCUUGCGAAUGUGGCCAUGUAUAAUCCCACGGUAGGCAAAUCCAGAUUGUCAUUCCUCUCGUGGGAUCGGUAUCCGUAG